CGUUCAAAACAUUCAGAAGAGGUUAUGGUUGUGUUUAAAAAUUUUUAAAUUUCUUAUUACGAUGUCUGCAACAUUUAAAAAUGCGAAAAAGAAAUUAUCUCAAUCUGAGUUGAGAAAGCUUAUGAAUGAACAUAAAGGCAAAGCACAGAGAGAUGUCCAAAAAAUAGACUCCCCAUUGGCAAAAUAUAAUGAACAAGGGCAAUUGACAUGCAUACUGUGUAAGUCUGUAGUUCGGUCAGAAUCUGUUUGGACAGUGCACAUAAAUGCUAAGCAGCACAAACAGAAUGUUGAGUUGGCAAGAAAAUUAAAAGAAAGGACUAACAAUUUUACAACUCCAGUAAAAAGACCUCUUUCACCACCACAAGUGGUUGAAAUUCCAGAAAAAAAGCCAAAAGGCAUACUGAAAAAUGCCAAUCCUAAACCUGUAACUUUAGCAACAAAAAUUGAAGUAGUUGAAGGUAAAAAUGGCUUACCAAAUGAUUUUUUUGAUAAUGGUACAUCGAAACCAUCCAUAAAUAAAACUGGGCCACCACAACAUGAAAAAAUGGAUACAGAUGAUGCACAGGAAUUGCCUGAAGGAUUCUUUGAUGAUCCAAAACUUGAUGCCAAGGCAAGGCAUCAAGAGUAUAAAGAUCCUGUUGAAGAGGAGUGGGAUAAAUUUGUACGGGCUAUUAAAGAAGCAGAUAAUGAAAGUGCAGCUAUUAUAGCAGAAGAUCAAGAAGAAGCUACCAAUGAAAGACAGAUAGAUGAAAUAGAUGAGCAAAUGAAAAAUUUAUCAAGGGUAUUAACUUUAGAAAAGAAAAAGGUAGAAGUUAUUUCAGUCACAAAUGACUCAAAACAAACUGGAAAUGAAGAGGAGGAAGAAGAACUAGAUGAUGAUAAUUUUGAUGAAUACUUAGAUUGGAGGUCCAAGAAGUCCUUCAUUUAGUAUUAUUGUAAAUUAUAUAUUGCAAGUUUUUUUUAUUAUAUAUUAAGUCUUAAAAUAAAUCUUUAAUUAUUAA